CUGCGCCGUUUUUGUGCGCCUGCGUACUGUGACCCUUCGCACCGGGGUGGCGGGUCUUAGCUCCAGGCGCGUACCGCGGCAGAGGUCGCGAGUCCCCGAACUGCGAGGUCUGAAGAGAGGGCGCCCGGUCUAGGUGUGGGGAAGGGCGGUGUGAAGACGAGACAGUGGGCCUGCCACUCUCUUUCCCCUCUCGGGCUCGAAAAGUGGUUUUUGCCGCCCCUCGGGAAUAUCGGGUCCGUGGGGCGGGGUCCUUGGUGGGGGGGAGCUGAGCGCCCCCUCCUGGGGAUCCGCGGUCUGACUUCUGGGACCGCUGUCGGAGCCUGAUUGGUUGAAGAGACAUUGCCUCCAUCUCUGGGGAGUCGUAUCUCUUGGGGGUGGACCCCUGGGUUAGUACCCCUGCGUAUCCUGUCAUCGCGGGGCCACUUCCCUAGUGGCUUAUGUCCCUUACUCGGGGUCAUGGAGACCCUGCGGCCACCACAGCGGCGCCUCUCUCUGAAGAAGGGGAGGUGACCUCCGGCCUCCAGGCUCUGGCCGUGGAGGACACCGGAGGUCCCCCUGCUCCGGCCGAUAAGGCCGAGGACGAGAGGGAAGGAGACCAGGAGGAGGCCGAAGAUGAAGGGCCUAGGGCCCAGAAGGCGCAGAAAGAAGCCCCCAGCGCCCUGCAGGAAGAGCCUGCAGAAGGAGAAUCCGAGGACUGGUGCGUGCCGUGCAGCGAUGAGGAGGUAGAGCUGCCCGCGGCCUGGAUGCCCCCGCCCUCCGAAAUCCAGCGGCUUUAUGAGCUGCUGGCUGCCCACGGGACCCUGGAGCUUCAGGCGGAGAUCCUGCCCCGCCGGCCGCCCACACCUGAGGCCCAGAGCGAAGAGGAGCGAUCAGAUGAGGAGCCGGAGGCCAAAGAGGAAGAAGAAGAAAAACCACACGUGCCAACGGAAUUUGACUUUGAUGACGAGCCAAUGACACCAAAGGACUCCCUGAUUGACCGGAGACGAACUCCAGGAAGCUCAGCCCGGAGCCAGAAACGGGAGGCCCGCCUGGACAAGGUCCUCUCAGACAUGAAGCGGCACAAGAAGCUGGAGGAGCAAAUUCUUCGCACUGGCAGGGACCUCUUCAGCCUGGACUCAGAGGACCCCAGCCCUUCCAGCCCCCCAGUCCGGUCCUCAGGGAGCAGUCUCUUCCCCCGGCAGCGGAAAUACUGAUGGCUGCUGCUCCUGCCUCCAGGGGCAGAGUCCGCCCCUGCUGAGGCCGGGCCCUCCUUCCUCAGCCCUGGACAGCAGGGAACACGGGCGGAGCAGAGAAAUGCCAAGCUUCCAACAAAGUACCUGGCAGGAAGAAAGGGGUCUGUGUGUGUGUUUAUGUUUUCUAUUUCUAUUUGGAGAUUGGGGCUGAAUUUCCUCAGUCUGAAAUAAAAGAAUGCAACAUCUUCUCUUAAGAA